AUGCGAGCACUCGCCCGCCCACUCGCCCGCCCGCUCCGGUCUCUCCGCCCGAGCCCGCGCCCCAUCCGCGCCGUCGUCCACCGCACGCACGCUCCUCCCCUCCGUCACGCCGUCCCCUCCGUCCCCGUUCGCCCCUGCCGCCGCUACUCGACCCGCCACCCCUCUUCCCCCUCCGAUCAGCCGCAGUCCUUCGCCGACCCCACCCGCCCCGACCUCUUCUACCACCUCCUCCCCCCGCCCACCCCGCUCUCGCCCACCGCCCCCGCCUUCGCCCUCUCCUUCCUCCCCUCUCCUCCUCCUUCCGCCACGUCAUGUACAAUCAUCGGCUGGCUCCCCGCCGAGGGCGCCGGCGAGCAGGCGGGGCUGAACGAUUUUGUCGAGAACCCGGCGUUUCGGGACGUUCUGCACGAGGCGAUCAAGGAAGGGCUGCAGGAGGGCGUGGACGACGUGCAGAGGAACGGCGCCGCCGCGCUGCAGGAGGGGUGGAUGCACAUCCACGACGCGCGCAACCCCCCCGCGCUGGGCCGCAUCGGCGACCCGGACGACAUCCUCGCCUCCGUGCGCGUCGAACACGGCAAGGUCCUCGCGUCCACCUACCAGCCGAUGCCGUCCUACCGCCUUGCCACCGCCGACGGGCUCACGACGCUCACCCCCGCGCUCGCGGCCAAGCUCCUCGCCGUCCUCCGGGCCCGGGCCCGGUCUGAGCGCGCUUGAGCCAACUCCUGCUGCAAAUGGAUGGGACGGACAGCCCACUUGUUAUUGUGACGCGUGCACAGGUGAGCGGGGGGUGAUGCCACCACUCGGGAGCAGGGCAAGCAGGCCGUCGGUGCGAUACAUCCAAGUGGAAGCCCGCGGGUGAUAAUAUAUGGUACAUCACACGUUGCACCGGGUAAUUGAUCUCGUUAUAUAACAACGGAACAAGUGCACGUCCUCUCCGCGAGAUCCUAUGCACCC